GAGGAUAUAACCAAAUUUAGGACGAAAGCUCUUGUUAUUAACUACAUACCCACCCGCCAUGAAUCCCCUAUAGACACCCCCAAUCACAGUUUUGUCUAUAUAAAACAGAAACAAGUUCGCCAUGACCACCCUUCAGAUUUCAAGAAUUAACGUUCCAGUGUUCAACGGCUUAUCCGGUGAUAUUAGCAAGAAGAGAAGCUCCUUUGGGCUUAGAUUCCUUCAACCCAUCAACUGUUGUUCUCAAUCAAGAAGAAAAGUCGGUUAUUUCCAGGAGAAUGCAUUCAGAUGGAGGGCUUCUGUGGAGAGAUGGUCUUUGUUUGGGGAGAGCGCAGGGAAAGAUGAGAUUUUCAUGAAAGAGAAGAAGGGGAGGAAGAAGAGGGAUGUUUUAGUUAAAGUUAACCAGGGCUUUGGAUUUAAUGGUGGUGGGGGCGGAAGAGAUAACAGCAACACUGUGAGGGUUUUGGGUAAUCUUGCUUUGGCUAUUGGAUUAACUUAUCUUUCAAUGACAGGGCAGCUUGGUUGGGUUUUGGAUGCAAUUGUUUCGAUAUGGCUUCUUGCAGUGCUGCUGCCAAUUGUGGGGUUGGGUGCUUUCCUCUGGUGGGCAGGACGAGAUAUAAUUCAAGGCAGCUGCCCUAACUGUGGGAAUGAUUUUCAGAUUUUCAGAUCUUCUCUAAAGGAUGGUUUGCAGCUCUGCCCCUUCUGUACCCAACCUUUCUCUGUGGAGGGCAAUGAGUUCGUUAAAGAACCUACCAAGUUCUCUUCAAACCAGUCUAGGACAUUUGGACAAGCAUUCAAUGGUUUCUCCCCCCGCUCAAAGAAAGGAAAAGACUCUUCUGUAACAGUUGUAGACAUAGAAGCUGAAGUGAAGGAUGUGGAUUGAUGAGCUGAUGGCUAUUGUUCAUGUUAAUUUUACCUGGUGACUUUUAAGGUGAGCUGAACUGGAUUGCAGCGGGAACUGCUAUAUGAGCUUCUAAAAGCAUUUUGUUCACAAGCAAUGGUAGCUUUGGCAUCAAACGUGAGCACUUUUUGCAUACAAGUUGUAUAUCCUUUACUGCAUGCUUCUUCAAAAUACCGAAUAGGUCUCACAAUUCAGUACAAGAGUUCAGGAACAAGGGUUUCUUGUUCUCCCAUGUGUGUUUAUAGUAUUUUGUUGAUAUAUAGUUCCUCAUCUGUUUUCUCUAACUUCAUGUUUUUUUUUCCCUCCAUUGGUUUAAGUUGGCAUGAACAUAUAAAUAGAAAAUAGAUCCUGAUUGCGUGUUCUGAUGGUUGGGUCUAAUAAUAGACGAGAACUUAACUGUCAUGGUAACUAAUUAACCAUGUUAACUUUGUAUCUGGCUUCUGCAUUUGAUUUUUGAAGCCACUUCUGCUCUGUUGAUUUUGGGUAAAACCCGAGAAAGGAUUAUCUGUCUUGUAUUAACGUAUGGAAUUUGUUGA